CCUUCCGCAUCGUCACCGACGCCGUCGUCGGCUCCUUCUCCGUCUCUCGAUGGGCGGAACAGGACACGGAGGCAGGAAGCAGCCAUGGCGGACUGGGGCCGAGGUCAGAAUGCAAGUGCUGUGGAUGAUAUGUUAGAUGUGGAAAACAAGCACAUGACAGAAAACCUAGCCACUAAAGUCACCCGGCUAAAAUCGCUUGCAUUGGACAUUGACAAAGAUGUUGACGAUCAAAAUCACUACCUGGAUGGCGUGGACUCUGAUUUCAUGAGUGUGACAGGCCUUCUGACGGGGAGUGUGAAGCGUUUCUCCACUAUGACUCGGUCAGGAAGGGACAAUCGAAAACUUCUCUGUUAUGUCUCUGCUGGACUGAUUGUUGUCUUCUUCAUCCUCUAUUAUCUGGUGACAAGAGCACGAACUUGAAAAGGAUUGUCAGGAUUUGCACUGAAUGUUUGUUAACAGGGGAGAAACCCUGAUACUGACGAAAAAAACAGGCUUUGGAAGACUUUCAAAUGUGUACACCCCCACCCCGGGAAGGAUUGUUCAAAUGUUCACAGUGAUCCAGAGGCUCCACUAUGGAAUCCAGUGUUAUCUCUAGAUUGUUCUGAACUUAUCUCUUUACUUCAAAAAGUAAAAGAUUCUGUCGUUCUCCUUCUGAAAGCUUAAAUACAGCAUAAUUCACCUCAUUGAAAUAAAGCCUUUGUAAAAUACCUUUCUCUCUUUGCUGUGAAAGGAUGCUAGCAAUGUUGCCUCCUAUAGUUUUGUGGUUCAGGCAGAAAAUCCUGACAUUUCUUAGCAGAGAUGUUCCAGUGUCCAAAGCAGAGAGAUGUUCCAGCGUCCAAGUUAGACAAAAAAGUAUUGCCUGGAGGACUAUGAUACUAAGACACACUCAUCUCCUGAGAACUAAUCUAGCUCUCGUAUGGACAGUUGCUUUUGUCUACUUCUGGAAGCACCAGCAUUUGCAAGUUUACCAACAAUCCUCUUUGCGUGUUACUCUCAAGGACUUGUUUGCUAUUAAGUGAAGUGUGCUUAAAAAAGUCUGAAAAGAAGUAAGACUUAGUAUUUACACAAACCUCUGCUUCCCCCGCCUCCUAUUUUUGUCAGUUUCCUGGCUAGAUUAUUUAUAGUUGUCACUGACUAUGCCAGACCAUAUAACAGGUUAAUGUACCUUCAUUUUUUAAAAAAGUUUGUCCGAAUCAUC